AUGCCCACAAAAUGCGAAAUAUGUGCAUUGGUUAGUAUCGAAUUCGACAGUCAAGCCGCUAGAGUUCAUAAGAGGGUCUCGUCGGAAUUUGCGGAUAUCACGGAGAAGAUUUGUUUGGGGUUCAAUGAGUUUAAGAUUCAUAAAGAGAAAACCGACCUGGAACGCUUUUCAAGGGCACCGUCAAAAACAAUUGAGACAUUGAAACAAAUGAGAGACAAAGGAGUGAAGGUCGAGCUUGGAAUGCCGUACGAGAUGUGGGACCAACCGUCUGCCGAGAUUUUCGCGCUACGCCAAGGAUGUGAAUCGUUACUGGAAGACUAUGAGGACGUUAUUGAAGAGUGGUUCCUGAAGAAGUUACGUGUAGAUGAUCUUUUCAAGCAACUUUGUGCACAAAAUGCUUUAAAACAUGGUGAUGCCAGCUGUUUUUUAAAUGACAGUAAUGAUAAGGAGUUGUAA